AUGCUUCUGUCAGCUCUCCUUCUGGAAUCCUUCAACCCCCGCCUUUCCCGUCCCCCUUCCAACUUCGCGGUCAGAACGCGGCUUUUCGGUUCUGGGAAAUACACUGAUUCCUGAUUCCAGAAGGGAUUACUGUAGCCGUCGGCCAUGUUCGAGAAUGGGAUCAUCCGUCCCGACCCCUUGACUGCCAAGCCCAUCGAGCUCUGGAAACGGUAUUUGCGACAAGGCAGAGUCAGCGAGCCCGUGAAGACAUUAAGGUGAGUAAAUUAAUAUAGUUUUAAUAUAGUUUAAUAUAAAGCAAUGCCAUCAAGAUGAUGACAGAUGCCUUCACGGGGAUGAUUAAACUGAACUCUGUUCUUUUGAUCUAGUUCUUGAGAUUACUCAUGGUAAAUAAAAUGUUUAUCCGAGGAACCGGUUGCUGUUAUUGGAGCCCGGUCUUCUCCUGACGCCCCGGGAUCCCAUCACAUGUCAUCCAAUUAGAUCGCCAUAAACUAGAAAUGCCGUCAUAAUACUUCAAAUUCCUUUCUUUAAUUCCGUUUUUAAAGUAUCUGGAACAAAGAGCGGAGCAAACAAAGCUUCAGGUUGUCUAAGUAACCAUUAAUCCUUAGAUUAAAUGCUCCAAUCAACGAGAACAAGGUCCGAUUUGUGUGUAUCUCGGAUACCCAUGGUAAACUGGACGAGAUUGUGGACGUUGUCCCUGACGGAGACGUCCUUAUUCAUGCUGGAGACUUCACGAAUUACGGAGAUGUGAGUGAAGUGAUCAACUUCAAUCAGGCCAUGGGAAUGUUGCCUCAUAAACAUAAGAUCGUCAUCGCUGGAAACCAUGAACUUGGCUUUGAAGAUGGCGAAGAAAUGACGGUCCAACAACUGGCCGGCUUGAAUAUGUUGGGGAUCAACAAGGCCUACGAACUUUUGACUAAUUGCACUUAUCUUUGUGACAGACAGAUCGAGGUGGGUAAAGAGUAAAAUUACAAAAUGCUUUCAGCUAUACGGCCUCAAGAUCUAUGGCACCCCUUGGCAUCCAAUGCCCGGAUAUUCCUUCUUCAGAGAUCGGGGCGCUGCACUUCUCCAGAAAUGGGACAGAAUACCGAGCAAGGUGGAUGUCCUCAUCACCCACACCCCUCCUCUCGGUCAGUUCUUUCUCUUCUUGCACUAUUUAUUUUGACAGUUACGAUCAAAACAUAUUUUUUCCAAAUUCUUUUCAAAAAUUACUGUAUCUGUUGCGUAAUCAAGAUCGUAUGUAUUUCAGGUCAUGGUGAUUUCAAUGCCUGGAAUAAAUUGGAUGGAAUCUUGGCUGGAUGUGCCGAAUUGUUGAAUACAGUUGAAUAUCGAGUCAAACCAAAGUACCAUGUAUUCGGACAUGUUCAUCAACGACAUGGAGCGACCACCAAUGGCAAGACGACCUUCAUUAAUGCCUCUAUUUGUGACCACAAACUUAACACGAUCUAUCCGCCCAUCAUCUUCGACGUCCCCUUACCGUACGGCCAAGUCAAAGAGAAUGUCUUGGGAUAA